AGAUAGUAGAAUUUCAAAAAAUCGUGGGUAGCUUAAUUGAACUUGUUGAUCAACUGGCAAAAGCUGCUGAAAGUGAGAAGAUGAAGGCCAUCGGCGCACGAAAUCUGCUGAAGUCUAUAGCGAAGCAAAGAGAAGCUCAGGAACAGCAGCUGCAGGCGCUAAUCGCUGAGAAGAAGAUGCAGCUGGAAAG